CAACAGAAGAAACUGAUUGUACAGAUGUGCCACAAAUUCUCCAAUUUACUCUCUGCUUGUUUCAUUUGAAAGAGCAGCCAUGGAUAUAUACUUCAUAACUUUCAUAAGACAUGUUAAGCUGAAACUUUUACAUUGUGGUAAACUGGUGGUACUGAAUUAAUGUGGAUUGCAGCUUCCCUUUGUGGUGACAUCACUUGAAACUGCAAUGCUGUUGCUUUUAUAAGGCAGCCCACUCAAGCAGCCUCUGUACAAUUAUGAGAUGAUCGCAGGAAGUAAAUAGAAAAGUUUAGAUACUAUAACAGUUUAGAGUAUAAGACUGUGCACAUGGGAAAAUCACUGUCAGAGGCGUCCGCAUCCAAGCCGUACCAGGGAGUGAGAGUCAAAGACCCUGUGAAGGAGCUGCUGCGGAGAAAAAGAGGAAAUGCUGCCAGAACGACACCCCCCACCGCAGUAGGAACUACAGCACACGUGAUGGUUCCCAGCAACACUCUGCCAUCAUACACACAUGCUGGGUCUUCCAGCUUUGUAGAAGCCAACCAGAGCAGCCUAAAUGAUUCAUUAGUAGAUGUCGGUGGGCUCUGCACAGGAUGGAUUGCCCAGACCACCAGCACAACUGCCCUUCAGCCUUUGAGUCACUGGACUCCUCCAGACCAACACCACGACCCUGCCGUCCCGCCCCACACAGACAUGUAUGUCCAGCCAAUCUGUCCCAGUUACACUGUGGUGGGCCCUUCCCCUAUGCUGACGUUUACACACACACCUCUCUUCACUAACCUUGCGACCAUGAGCACUUCCAGCUCAUCCCUGCCUCAGGUGGAGGUCCCGGACUCCUCCUUGACAUACAUUCCUUGGGCUCAGCCUUUAUCCACCAUCUCCAGCUCCGUCAUGCAGGCCCCCUCGAUGCCAGCAGCCCUGACGACCCCUCAGUUCUUCCCAGUGCCUCUGACCUUGCCAGUAAUCUCACCAGAACCUGAGCCUCAGCAGGUGGAGACUCCCCAGGCCCCAGAGGGCACUCUGGCCCUUGAGAAACUGCUGGAAGAAGAUGAGGGCCAAAAAGAACCCUACAUCUGCAACUCCUCGCUUUUUUCAGAAGAUAUUUAAGAUAUUCGCAUUAGCACUCUUUUUGUGCAUCUCCUUAAUAUACAGGAGCAUUUAGUACAGAAUUUUGGCAGCUCAUAUGAAAAAAACUACUGUGCACUCUUAAAAAUAAAGGUUCCA